AUGAUCUUAGAAUGUUCUCUGAAUGAGAUUUUAAAAGCCGCUGUGAGCGACAUUCUGAACUCAGUGGAUCGGACGCUGUCCGAGUAUCAGGGUACGAUGCAGAUAAUCGAGUCCGAGAACGAGGACCUGAAGAGGUUGUUGCUUUCACAGAAAAGCACAGAAUCCGCUUCUGGAGAAAUUUCACAGCCAUGUGAACAAGAUACCACUGACGGCUUUUCUGCUCCAGAAUGUGCUGAUCAUCCCACUGAAUCCACCCUGGGUUUGUUCAAAGUGUCCAUUUGUAGCAAUGACAAUAAGGGCUCCAGGACGAGGAGCAAUGGCAAGGUGAGGGAGAGCGUGCCAUCUGCUUCCUUUUUUCUGCAGGCCGAUCAAACGGAACACCCCAAUGCGUCGUUGUUUGUUGUCAAAGCAGAGCCUGAUUUGGAAAGUGAAGCCGUUGACCUCUCUCAGCCGUCGCUGCUUCUCAAAAUGAUGGUGAACCCCAUAAAAAACGAGAGCUCAGAAGUCAGUUGUUCCGGUCAAGAUGCGCAUGCACACGCGACUGCUUUUCCCAGCUCCGAACAGGACCUCAAAGGCGGUGAUGUUGAAUACACUCGUGCCUCUGCCGGCUGUCUGCAGGACGGACAUUUCAUAAAAGAAGAGGAGGAGAAUACCGAGCUGCCACACAAAAAAAGCAACAGUUUGCCGGAGCGAGAAUUAAAUCACGAAGGGAGAUCUUUUGGAGAGCCAGGCGUGGAUCCUGAGGGGUUGAGCAGACAGGAUGAGCAGCGUGAAGAGAUGCCCUCUAAGGAAAACCAGCCCCCUGCUACAGCUGCCGAUGAGCUGGUAGUCUUACAGUGCCCUGCCUGUCCCAAGACAUUUAGGCGAGAAACCUCUCUCAAUUCCCACAAAAAGACUCACAAAACCAAGAAUGCACACGCGACUGCUUUUCCGAGCACCGAACGGGACCUCAGAGGCGGUGGUGUUAAACUCACUGUUGCCUCUGACAGCUGCGUGCAGGACGGACGUUUCACAAAAGAAAAUACCGCGCUGCCGCACAAAGAAAUGAACAGUUUGCCUGUGCGAGAAUUAAGGCACAAACUGAGAUCUUUUGGAGGACCAGGCGUGGAUCCUGAGGGGUUGAGCAGACAGAAUGAGCAGCGUGAAGAGGCGCCCUCUAAGGAAAACCAGCCCCCUGCUGGAGCUGCCGGUGAGCUGGUAGUUUUACAGUGCCCUGCCUGUCCUAAGACAUUUAAGCGGGAGACCUCUCUCGACGCCCACAAAAAGACUCACAAAACCAAGAAGGUCCACGGCUGCAACCUUUGCGGGAAGUGGUUCGGCCGGGCCGACGCGCUCCGGUCCCACCAGUACACGCACACCGGGGAGCGGCCCUACAGCUGCGACGUGUGCAGCAAGGCGUUCACCCACCGCAACCUGCUGCGCAACCACAGGCGCCUGCACACCGGCGAGAGGCCGUACUGCUGCUCCUACUGCGGCAAGCGCUUCAACGAGCACAACCGGCACAAAAUCCACCUGCGGAUCCACACGGGGGAGAGGCCCUACGUCUGCCGGCAGUGCGGCAAAGCCUUCACCAACUCCAGCAGCCUGCGCAUGCACACCAGGAUCCACACCGGCGAGAAGCCGUACGCCUGCGCCCAGUGCGGCAAGAGGUUCAACUGCGGCGGCGACCUGAAGACCCACAGCCGCGUCCACACGGGAGAGAGGCCCUACAGCUGCAAGCUGUGCCAGAAGACAUUCAGCCAGAGCGGCCACCUCAGCGUGCACAUGCGGGUGCACACGGGCGAGAGGCCCUACGGCUGCGGCCAGUGCGAGCGGAGGUUCACCAUGGCCAGCAGCCUCAAGGUGCACCAGAAGGUCCACAUGGAGGAGAAGGAGUUCGGCUGCUCGCACUGCGACAAGACCUUCCGGAGGGCCGCCCACCUGAAGAGGCACGAAGUGGUGCACACCAAAGCGGGGGGCUUCCCCUGCGGCCAGUGCGAGAAGACCUACAUGGAUCGGUCCUCCCUGAAAUCGCACCUCAAGAAACACGCGGGGCAGGAGCAGCAGGCACAGAGUAAAGGGAAGACCAGCAAGGCCCAGGGGAGGAAAGCCAAGCAAGGCUCAGGCAGGCAGGCUCUCAGUGGUGACAGAAAGGCAGGAAAAUAG